AUGACGACAGUCACGACCGUUGGCUAUGGCGACAUCACGCCCCAGGAUGACGAGGAGAGGGUUUUCACGAUGUUCGCGAUGAUUAUCGGUGGUGCCUUCUACGGCUACGUGAUCGGCAACAUUUCUGUGAUCCUUGCUAGCCGAGAUGUCAACCGGCAAGCACACAAAGAGCGACUGCGGCUGAUCCAUGCCUGGUUGGUGCACCAUCGCUUCCCAAAUCCACUGAAGCAUCGCGUAUGGGCUUACUACAAGACGCUGGUGACGAACAAGGCAGCCCUCGAAGACUCGACGAUCUUCAACGACCUCUCACCCGAGCUGCGCCAAGACGUGGCGCGUUAUUUGGUCCCUCCGGACCUGUUGAACCAUCUUCUCUUCCAGAACAUCCCGUCCUCGGUGAUUGUGCGCUUGGUUCCGAUUAUCCAACAGAUCACCGCCCAGCCGAACGAGCGGAUAACGUCGCGUGGCGAAAUCGGAAGCGGCAUGUUCGUCGUACUG